CAUCCAAUUAUUAGAAAGGAAAUCACCACUCUAUUCCAAUCCUCCUCACAAUAUUCCCCUUUACAACUGUCUUCUUCUAUUUCUCUCUCACACACUCACACCAUGAACACGCACCUACACCAACAACUACUCAUUCAAAUACUUACAUAAUCCUUCUUCCUCCGAGAAUCUCGCCUUAAUUUUAUCCACAUUAUUUUAAUCUUUGACAUUAUUAUUAAAGACCCAAUCCUUCAAUCUACUCCUUUGCAUAGUGGUCUGCCAUACAUAGCAAAAAUUCGCUACCACUACCAGCCAUGGCCGGCGUUGAUUCCACCGCCAUCCUUGCCUCUAUCCAAUCCCUCCUCCGCCUCGUCAGGGACGUUGCGCGUUGCUCCGGCACCGGAUUCAAUGGAGACUUUAAGAAAGAUUGUACUGAUUUGUGUAGAAGGGUGGCCUUGUUGUCGCAUUUGUUGGAGGAAAUUAGGGACUUUAAAGGGGAUUUGAGGUUGUUGGAUGAAUCGGCUUCUUCGUCGUCUUCUUCAUCUUGCUUGUCUGACCUAACGGUUACUCUUCAAGCUGCGAAAAAGCUACUCGUAAUUGCAGGCAAUUUCGAUCAAAAGAUCUCUCCGGAAGGAUCAGCCAAGAAAAUCGCAUUUCAAUUCCAAUGCGUUACAUGGAAAUUGGAAAAAGCAUUAGCAAACUUACCAUAUGAUGAUUUUGAAAUCUCGGAGGAAGUUCAAGAACAAGUUGAUUUAGUGAGAGGUCAACUUCGAAGAGCAAGGGAAAGAUAUGGUAAACCCCUAAAUUCUUCCAUUCUUUCACAAGCCUUACUUCAGGUCCCAGAUAAAGAACAAGUAGAAAAUACGGGUAACAUUAAUCAUCAAGAACCAGAAACAAAGGUGGAAAGUGCUUCAAAAGAAAAUCUUUCAAAAGGGUAUAAUCAAAACGAAAUGAUUUAUCAAUCCAAUGAUUCCAAGAUUUCAUCAGCAUCAUCUCCAUUGGAGACUUGCAAGAACAUUGAUGAAAACAAGAAGUUGGAUGCCCCUGCAAUUCCUGAUGAUUUCCUUUGCCCUAUUUCUCUAGAACUCAUGAGGGAUCCUGUUAUUGUCUCCACUGGACAGACAUAUGAAAGAUCAUACAUACAAAGAUGGAUCGAUUGUGGCAACACAACAUGUCCAAAAACUCAACAAAAGCUUCAAAACACAACUCUAACACCCAACUACGUGUUAAGAAGUUUAAUCACACAGUGGUGUAUCAAUCACAACAUUGAACAACCAACAUUACUAACAAACAGGAAACUAAAAAGGACAGAUGGGUCAUUUCGCGAUGUAACCGAAGACAUAGAAGCCAUUGAAGUUAUAGUCCGGAAUCUCUCAAGCCAUUCCAUUGAAGAAAGAAGGGCAGCAUUGUCCGAAAUCCGAUCUUUAUCAAAAAGAAGCACAGACAACCGAAUCCUCUUAGCAGAAGCAGGGGCAAUUCCGAUUCUCGUAAGUUUGUUAAAUUCCGAAGAUACCCUUAUCCAAGAAAACGCAGUCACUUCAAUUUUGAACCUUUCUAUAUACGAAAACAACAAAGCACUUAUAAUGUUGGCAAAUGUUGUACCCUCCAUUGUCCAACUUCUUAGAGUUGGAACAAUGGAAACAAGAGAAAAUUCCGCCGCUACCCUUUUCAGUUUAUCACUUGCUAAUGAAAAUAAAAUCAUAAUCGGAGCAUCAGGGGCAAUUCCGGCAUUAGUUAAUCUUCUUGAAAACGGAAGCAAUAGAGGGAAGAAAGAUGCUGCAACUGCUUUGUUUAAUCUUUGCAUUUACCAAGGGAAUAAAGGGAGAGCAGUGAGGGCCGGAAUCAUAACCGUAUUGCUAAAAAUGUUACGUGAUUCCGAUUCCGAUUCCGAUUCCGGUUCCGGUUCCGGUGGUUGUAUGGUGGAUGAGGCGUUGACAAUACUUUCGGUUCUUGCUAGCCAUCAAGAAGCAAAGGUUGGAAUCGUGAAAGCCGGGACGAUUCCAUUGUUGAUUGAUCUUAUGAGAACUGGAGUUUCAAGAAACAAAGAAAAUGCCACUUCGAUCUUGCUUUCUUUAUGCAAAAGAGAUAGUGAGAAUCUUGAGUGUAUAAGUAGACUCGGGGCUGUGAUUCCGUUGAUGGAAUUGGUGAAGAAUGGGUCGGAAAGGGCGAAAAGGAAGGCGGAAUCGUUGUUGGGCCAUCUUCAACGGAAUCAACAAGGGAUGUGAUUCCGAUUCCGUUGAUGGAAUAACUUGCUAAUUUGUUUAUUCAUCUGAUUCUUGAUCGACAUACUUACGUUUAUUUUGAGAUUUUAUAUACGGGGAAGUAAUAUGUUUCUCGGCGUUUUAUUGUAUUUUUUAUUUUUAUUUUUUGUGUUUGGAAAAUUCAUUUGAUAUUGUUGUUGUUUGUUUGAUGAUAUCAUAUGUUGGAUUGGGAAUAACUUGUGUGAAAGUGGAUUCAUGACAACUUUUAUGAUUUAUGGAAUUCGAUUGGCAAUUGUAC